AUAAAAAACAAACAAAAAUAAACUUCAAAAAGAAAUUAGAGCUUAUUGAAGAGAACCACAAAGAUGCACACCCGGAAGUGACGUCACCGUGGCGGGAAGCUGCCGGCCAAUCAGGGGCGUUGUUGACAGUGCGAGGCCGACGGUCCCCACGUGCAGAGGUCGCCCCGCGCCGCCCCACGCCGCUCACCGAACACAACGUGGUCACCAUGCGUGGGAUGGAGAAGACUUACUUUUGGGGACUUACCCUUGAUGGGUCUACAAAAGAAAAGAGCUGGGAAGGCCAGUGUGUACUGAAUAACCUUGAAGCCACAACUACCACACACACACUGUCAAUCAGACAGGUCGUCUUAGGUCCCGAAGCCAAGGAAGGGGAGGUCAAUGUGGUUGAGCUUGAGGUCAAAGGUUACAAGGACCAGAAACACAAAAUCCCUGUGUGCGUCACAAAGGCAGGAGGCUCAUAUGUCACAGGCGUCGAUGUCCUAAUAGAAGACACCCCAGCCGUCUUCCGUCUGACACAGGGCUCAGGGCCCAUCCACCUCAGUGGGACACACCAAGUAGAGACGACAAUCAUUGAGGAUGACAUGGACGACAGCUUGGCUGAGGAGGAGGGCGAAGAGGAGGAUGACGUCGAAGAGGAGGUGGAAGAAUUGCCACCAAAGAAGAAAGCCAAGAAGUAAAUUUUGAAGGAAUUGGAUACAUCAAAGCUUCAAGACAUUGCCAUGUUUUCUAUCCAGUCUUUAAAAUCAUUGUAUGAUUGUGUGUCUGUGUGAUUGAUAAAAGAUGAGAGAUUU